AACAACACAUCUGAUUCUUUGACAAAACCAUAUCCUGGUCUUGAAAAUGUGUACUCCAAACCCAGGAAGUUGGGUUACCUUUGAUGAUGACUCUGCUUUUCAAUCUUCUCAAAAGCCAAAGAAUUUUCCUUCAGAGAACCAAGGUGUCUGUAGACCAAAUGGACUUAAGCUGAACCUUCCUGGCCUUCGAGAAUUUCCCAGUGGCUCUUCCUCUACCAGCAGUACCCCACUUCCCUCUCCCAGUGUAGAUUUUUACUUCAGUCCUGGACCUCCUAGUAAUUCUCCUCUUUCUACACCUACCAAAGACUUCCCAGGGUUUCCUGGCAUCCCCAAAGCAGGGACUCAUGUGCUGUACCCUAUUCCAGAAUCUUCUUGCCCUCCUACAACAGUCGGAGCAUGUUCCUCUGUACCACCUAUGACACCAACUUGUAUAUCCCCUGACCACUCAUGUAUGCUUCCAGCUCCCAGAGUGGACAUUCCAGAUAGAACCAGCCCACAGCAGGCCCAACACCUAGGGUCCCAAAGCGAUGCUCCCCAGUUUCAGUAUUUUCGGGAGGACUGUGCUUUUUCAAAUCCAUUCUGGAAAGAUGGAGGUGGUGCUUCUCAAGUUACUUUUGACCCCUCAGGAAGCAGAAAGACAUUCUCAUCACGAGACAAAGAGAUGCCUAUUGAUCAAAAAAGUCUAAAUAAGUGUUCACUCAACUACAUCUGUGAGAAGCUCGAACAUCUCCAAUCAACUGAGAACCAAGACCCUCUUGGAAAUGUGUUUAUACAGGAUGUAGAUGUUGAAGACCCACAUUCUUCCUUUAUCCCCCACAUGCUCUUCAGGAGUCAGCCAAAAGCCGGAUGGUCCUUCAUGAUGAGAAUUCCUGAGAAGAAGAACAUGAUGUCUUCUCGGCAAUGGGGACCGAUUUUUCUAAAAGUGUUACCUGGAGGGAUAUUGCAAAUGUAUUAUGAGAAGGGGUUGGAGAAACCAUUCAAAGAGUUACAGCUCGAUCCUUACUGCAGACUGUCAGAACCUAAAGUGGAGAACUUUAGUGUGACUGGAAAGAUCCAUACUGUGAAGAUUGAGCAUGUGUCCUACACAGAGAAAAGGAAAUAUCAUUCUAAGACAGAAAUAGUUCAUGAGCCAGAUAUUGAGCAGAUGUUGAAGUUGGGGUCCACAGAGUACCGGGACUUCCUUGACUUUCUCACUACUGUGGAGGAGGAGCUGAUGAAGCUACCAGCUAUUUCAAAACCAAAGAAGAGCUACGAGGAGCAGGAAAUUUCCCUGGAAAUUGUGGAUCACUUCUGGGGUAAAGUCACAAGAGAAGAUGGGAAAUUGGUGGAAAGUGCUGUGAUAACUCAGAUCUCUUGCCUCUGCUUUGUGAAUGGGAAUAUGGAAUGCUUUUUAACCCUGAAUGACCUUGAGCUGCAGAAACAAGAUGAGAACAGUUUUGAAAAUGACCCAGAAAAGAAGGGGAUCCAUAUUCUCGACUACCAUUUUCAUAAGUGUGUGAAAGCCUCAGAAUUUGAGCAAUCAAGAGUCAUUAAAUUCAUGCCUCUUGAUGCCUGCAAAUUUGAGCUGAUGCGUUUCAAGAGUCUUUAUGAGGGGGACGAACUUCCGUUCUCUCUGAAGUCUGCAGUGGUUGUCCAGGGGGCUUCUGUGGAACUACAGGCUUUUGUCAAUAUGGCCCCAGUGGCCCAGAGGCCAUCCCAAGCCAAUUCCUUGAGGUACUGUGACAAUAUCACGAUCCACUUUCCUGUCCCAUCUCAGUGGGUCAAGGCCCUCUGGACCAUGAACCUCCAGAGGCAGAAGUCCUUGAAAGCCAAAAUGAACCGCCGGGCAUGUCUGGGUGGUUUCUAUGAACUUGAGUCUGAACCUGCUGUUCUCGUCACUGUGGGGUCAGCAAAGUAUGACAGUGCCUACCGGGCUGUGGUGUGGAAGAUAGAUCGACUUCCCGAUAAAAAUUCAAGUCCAGAUCAUCCUCAUUGUCUGUCGUACAAACUUGAACUUGGAUCAGACCAGGAAAUCCCCUCGGAUUGGUAUCCAUUCGCUACCGUGCAGUUUUCAAUGCCUGACACUUACGCCUCCAGGACCGCGGUCCAGUCUCUCGGGGUAGAGAGUGACAUCCAGCCCCAGAAGCAUGUUCUGCAGCGGGCUUGCUUCAACCUCCAGGUGGAAAUAGAAAAGAAAUGGAUUAAAAUUGAUGGAGAAGACCCAGAUGAAGCUGGUGGCUGUGUGGCACAGUAGGAGUUGUUGGAAUCAAGGACGAUGACCCAUUGUCAACUGCGCCGCUCCCUGAUAAGCUUCUGUCUGCUACCAUGUGAUGGAAGCGGCGCUGUGUGUGGACUUGUGAUAUGUCUUUCCCUAGGGCUGUGAUCUAAAACAUGUCUGUAAUUUGUAUGACUCUUGGCUGCUGUCUGUGAGCCAUGUUAACUGAUUUGAUCGUUCAGUGACUUGGUUCUCUUCUCUGGGUUACCUCCAUGUUGUCUUAGUAGCUGGACCACAGAGGAAAGCAAACAAAAGGAGACACAUGGAAACAUUUCAUUCCCUCUCUUGCUUGUCUCUGAAAUCUGGCUAGGUGGAGAUUGGAGUUGGAACCAUAAGUGAAAAUGGAGAUUUGGGAGUCUCUACCUGUGGCUCUGAGUAGUUUCUGUUUGUUUCUGUUCCUCUGAGCACACUGGCAAGUGAGGGCUGGCUGUAUUUCAGAUUUUAAUGCAAGCCACUAAAACAUACUGGUGGGUGGGAUUCCUUUCAAAAUGCAGCAAGAGCAUCAGACAUGAGUUAAAAUAUUUAUGUAUAUAAAAGAUGUAUUUUUAAAGUUGAUGAAUAUUGUUUUUUAAAAGUUCAGACUCUAGAAUGGAUUUUGACACAGUAUUACUUGCAAUGAAUACCAGGCUCUCUGGAGUGGAAGUCUAAAUCAUAUGAUGAUUAUUUUAUGUUAGUGCUACUAUCAUGUGAUUUUAUGUGAAUUUUACUUAAUUUAGAGUAGUUUUCUUUUCAGGAUAAGUAAAGUGGGGAGAUGCCAGGUUAUUAUUUUUUCUUCUUUUUCUCCUUCUACCCCCAAUGCCAGGUUAUUAUACCUAGCUUUUUGGGAGAUGAUUUUCUUCAAAAUCAGAGAAGUGAUUGUAACUGUUUAACAUCUAUUGAAAACCAGUGACAUGUGCAGGUAUCAUUCUGCUGUUAAUUCCCAUUUCAUAUUUAUAGGGAUAGGUCAGAAGUUUAAACUUCAUGUGUUCUGAGUGUUUUUCACCUGAAAAAAUGUCUUUAAUAUACCUUCAACUUAGGUUAGUCUUAAAUAUAAUUGCUAGACAUUUUUCUGUAUUUACUAGAUUUAUUUUUGAGUCGAAGCUGACAUUAUGUCCUUCCAACUAACAUUUUUGUUGGCCUAUGGAGUUUUAUUUCAUACAUUUUAUUUAAUAUUGUAUUGCUUUCAUUUUCAUCUAUUCCAAUAACAGAUUAAAACAAACAUUUUUUUAUGGUCUGUAUCAAUCAGCAGAUUUUAUUGCUUUUCUUCUUCUUUUCUUUUUUUUAAUUUUUUACUGUGAAGCCACAGAAUAGAAAAGCUAGUGGUAAAAAUGAAUCGAUAGUACCCUUUUUAACUCCAUCUGAUACCAUAUGCUAGAGACUUGCUGUUGAUGUUCAGGAAGGCAAAUUGGUGUGUAUGUCAUUUUGAAGAAUUCUUGGCAGCUCAUACCUAUAAUCCUAGUUAGUUGCUAGGGAAGCUGAGGUCUGAAGAUGGUGGUUCAA